GUUCACUGAGUUGACUCACGGCCAAUAGUACCAAGUAGUCACACACGCACACAUCAAGCGAACCAUCGAGAGGAAUAAGUACUUACGAUCGAUUGGUCAGCUGCAGAAAAACUAUUCAUAGCAAACAAGAUAACAAAGUCACGACCACAGAGUACACCAUUUCGACAAUUUAUUUGAUUCAAUUCUUCACACCAUGCCAUCACUGAAACAAUUGUUCGGGAGCCCCCUGGGGAAAAGUAAACACAAGAAAAAACCCAACAAGGACCGUUACAAUGGGAUGGAUAUUCUUAUUAAUGACCACAAGAAGAAAUAUACAACAACACCAAAGUUUCUUGCAACAGAAAACUCUGAAGUCACUGUCAGUUUGUUCAAAGAAGAAGAGGAAACCGAGCGGCGAGGGACCUUAAUCGAGAGUACUGCUUGCCAUAGUGAAGAAGUUCGGGAUGAGGAGAUAACAAUCGAUUUCAGAAACUACAAGGAUUGUGUGGGUGACGCCGAGCUCAAGAAAAGUGGAAUGAAAACAAAGGCAACAACUAAGGAGAUACAAGAUCACCUUCACGAGGAAUCAGAAAAGGACGAAACAAUUUACUUCGAACAAAGAGAUCAUUAUGACAACAGAGAUUGUGGUGAUGAUGAAGAUUUUCGAACUGCAGCAAUGCCAUCAAAGUCGAAGGAAAGUCCGACUACAAAGAAUUUUUGGGCGGACAAAGAAUUGCACCUGCCGAAUUGUAAAGACAUCMAUUGCGAGAAUGCUGACAUWUGGUGCGACAACGACGACAACUUUCGAAUAAUCGUUGUGCCAGCAACGGCUUCACUAUCCAAGCCUGAAGAGGAACAAGAAAAGAGAGAAAAGGCAAAGAAACACGAAAGCCUUGCAGAAUCGCAUCACAGGGAACAGCAACAGCAAAAUGAAUUUUCAAUGGAUGAAGAUGGAAUUGAGUACGACAAAGUUGACGACUUUCGAACGACUAUCAUGCCAACACCAAGAAUAUCAUCAUUCGCUCGAGAGGAGAAAGAGAAGAGUUCGAGUGCAAAAGAAAGCGAGAGCAAUAAAGAAAUUUAUGUCCCUCAACAGCAACAGCAACUUCAACAUGAAUUAUUGGUGCACCAAAAUGAUGAUUUCCAAACUACUGUGCCAGAUUUGCAAGGGAUGGGAGAAAGUGAACCACGAUCGAAAGAAUCCGGAAACUUGAAACGUGUCGCCAGAGACGACAAUCGUUAUCAAGUAUCACCCGUAAACUCUGUCGAAUUUGAGAACCAUAUACAUACAACCCUCAACGCGAACGAAGGUGCUACAAACAGCAGAAGCAGCAGGAAAGAAUACUCCAACAAAAAUGAUAAAACCAGUAGUGCUAUCUAUCCCAUUCCAUCCCACCUCAAUACUACCGGAUACCAUCUUGAUCUGGACGAUGGUGACGACGAGAAGGAGAACCUUAUCGACGACUUUGACGAUUACCAGUCGACCAUUUCGGCAUUGACUGAAGCUACAAAUUAUUAUAAUUCAAAGUCAAUCAAUCAAAACUACACUUCCUCGAAAACCUUCGUGAUUGUUCCUCCUCCUUCCUCGCCGGCAAACCACAGCUGCCAGACUUCAUCUACUUCAAAAAGUAGCAGCAGACAUCUGGAAGACUUUCUCAAGACGGAAACUGAAAGCCUUCGGAAGUUGCUCGCGACUGUCGAAAGUGGAGAUGACGAAAGUACGGUCGUGGAAGAAUCUGUCCGAGGGGCGAACGAAGCCGAGCGAAUGGCGAAAGAAAUGGAACGAGAAACACAACUACUACUUAUCGGUGACCAUCAUGGCGACAAUGAAUCGAUGGUAGAAGAAGAAGCAUGUUGCGAAGGCCAUUCCUCUUCAUUGAAGAACGACGAGAUGGUGCAGGUAGUGCGACCUACUAGCAUGGAAUCUUCGUCUUCGUAUCAUUAUUAUCGCAACCUUUCGCCCGAAUCCAACGAAUUUCUUGCCGAUAUUCGCUCAGUGAUGCAUCCGGUGGGUUGUGGCGAAUCCAAUAAAGGCAAAAACAGCAAUACUCCUUUGAGUAACGAGCAGCGCCUGGAAAACAGCACCGAUGGCCGAACGUCGUCCCCCACUGGUACAGUCACACCACAGUCGUUGUCGUGUUCACGAGAUCUAUUCCGAAAACGAUCGAAUUUAUACCAAGUCAAGUCUUCUGAGAAAUGCUAUAGCAACAGUUCGGCAAACCGAGUCGCGAAACAAAACCGACGACGUCGGCAACGACGAGUCCUUCGAAAGAGGAUUCGCACCGUAGGUUCCACCAUUGUUCUAAUACUUCUUUGUACUUGGACUACUUUACUCGGGCAUUGGCAAUGGAACUACCCGCAAGAACACUUUGGGACAGUUCUCCAGAACACGGCGUCUCGGAUCCAACACCAGGGCGUUGUAGUUUUAAACGAUGUCAAGCAUACACGGGAGAAGGCUGUGGCACUCUUGGCAACUACGACAAAAGUGACUCGUUCCUACAUUCGAGACGUCUUGCCACCGCUGGCCGACGAUACCAAAGUCCUUGUCGCGCAAACUAUUGGCAACGGGGUAUCCUUUCUCGCAGAUCAAGCCUUUGCGUGUAUACCACUCGCACGCAGAGCGAAGACAUCUGCGCUGGAAAGCAUUCGCGACACGACGUCUCUUUUUGCAACCCAAGCCCCGUCGAUAGCAAGGUGGGUYAAGACCCGUACGAUGAAUGGCCUUCGUAUUACCUUCGCCUUUUUCUCCGACCAACUGAAGCAUUACGAUUACAGUAAUGGUGUUAUUCUCCCGUACCUAAAAGAUCGAUGGGAGUACGCAUUUACAGAUCGUGCCGAACAAGAGCAACGGAUUCGGGAGGAGGAAAAACUCAAAGAAUUGCUGGCUGCUGCGGCGGCAGCCGCCGCCAAAGAAGCCGCCGAGCACCAACAAAUGCUGUGGACACAAACUAUGGUGGCGGGUGCCUGUGCCUUCGCCGGAUCCGUUGCGACGACAAUCCUUUGGUCGGUCUUGUAAAAAGUUGGAAUGACCUUGGUUUGUCUCCGGGCGAGUAUUCCACAUUCAAAACACCGUCUCAAACGACCGAAGGAGAAUUUCAAAAACGCUCGACAUCCUCUAGAUAGCUAAAGAUGGAAUUGCCUUCCAAACAUAUCAUAGUGCCCUGGUUAGGGUAGAACCAAUUAUUUCGAGUAACCAAGAAAACAACCGAGGUCAGGAUCGAUCUUUAGUUGUCAGCAUCUCAUAAUAUCAUUAGCGCUAAAUGCCAAGAGAAUAUAAAUCUUAUCCCCAC